UCUCUGACCGCGCGGGCUUGACCCGUGACACCACAGCCCCGCCCUUCAGCUUCGCUGACGUCAUAUACGGAAGUAAACACCGAAAAGAGGCGAAUGCAAGCUUUUCAGAUCGAAAAUGUCAAUUUCUAACACAAGACAAGUGUUUUCUGAUCUGAUCAUCCCCUUCGCCGGGACCAUUCUGGGGGGGCUGGUUCCAGGAGAAAUGGUGGUCUUGCAGGGUUCUGUGCCGCCCGGCUCCGACAGGUUCCAGGUGGACUUUACCUGCGGCAGCAGCGUGAAGCCUCGUGCUGAUGUGGCGUUCCACUUCAACCCCAGACUGAAGAAGACGUGCAUCGUAUGCAACACUCUGCAGAAGGAGCGGUGGGGCCGUGAGGAGAUCCUGUACAAGAUGCCCUUCAGGCACGGAGCGGACUUCGAGGUCAUCAUUCUCAUCUUGAAAGACACGUUCAAAGUGGCUGUGAACGGCUCUCACCUGUUGGAGUACAAACACCGGAUGGAGCUGGAUCGGGUGGACACCAUUUUCAUCUCAGGAAAAGUUCAAGUUCAGGCUUUGGGCAUCGUCCCUCCAGACUCUAGUUCCACUUCUACAUCUAACAGUGGAAGCAGUAAGGACUCACAGGCUGUUUUGUCUGCAUCGGGUGACCUGUUUCUCUGUGAACCUGCGGGGGCGGAGCCACAGCGACAUUGCUCUGCACCUGAACGCCAAUCUAAACAGGGGCGUGUUCGUCAGGAACUCCUUCCUGUCGGAGUGCUGGGGCCCUGAGGAGACCGAGCUGGACUCCUUUCCCUUUGUUGCAGGACAGUAUUUUGAGAUGAUCAUCCUCUGUGACUCCAAGCACUUCCGGGUGGCCGUGAACGGCCAGCACCAGCUGCAGUACCGGCACCGCGUGCAGGACCUGAGCGCCAUCGACAUGCUGGAGGUGCUCGGGGACGUCCGGCUGCUCGCCGUCAUGAAGAUGUGAAUCCGGGUGGCGUCAUAAACAGUGUUGCGGUCUUCCUGAUUGGAUCAGAGCCGCUCUGCCUCUUUCUGCUGACACUUUAUUAAACUAAAUUAGACAGGACACCAUCUCUGUCAAAUA